GUCAACUUAACCAGUGGCCAAACCAUCCCCCACUAUUUUCAAGCGAGCGCCACUAAGAAGCACUGACCCUUGAAUCAGGAUGCCUUCGCAUUCGCUGACAUCAUGCAAAGAGAAGCGGAAGCUGAACAAGGACGCCAAACAAGCUUCACUGCCUUCCAGAGGACUUGAGUACUUCUUCACAAAACAAAAGCAGAAUGGGAAUGAUGCGACUGCUUCAAAGACGGAGGCUAGCACGGUGGACGCUGGGCAAGAUCAUCAGAUGACGGAUGAGGAAUUUGCCAGGAAACUACAGGAUGAAUGGAACCAAGAAGCUACAACAGCGGAAGAGAAAAGAACAUCACCGCAUCAUGCACUGGUGCAAAAUAACGGGGCCCAGGAGAAUUAUGACGAGCCUAAAGUAACCACAGAUGCCGUGACGAAGCAAUCAAGGUCGUCGCCCAUACCAGUGCCACUUCCAGCACCACUUCCUGCAACGACAGACGCAAAAGGCAAGGGCAAGGGCACAUUGUCAUUACAAUCCGCGGCGGCAUCCGUUGACAGGGUUUCGGAGACGAUACCCUUUGAUCAGAGCCCUUUAACCUUCGAUCCUAGCGAGUACGUGCCGCAACUUCAGGCGCAUUGGGCAAGCGAGGACGGCAAUGCCUCUUACGCGCUCCUGACGCGGUGCUUCAUAUUAAUCAAUAGCACAAGCAGCCGCAUCAAGAUCGUGGACACGCUGGUCAACUGCCUGAGGAUGAUAAUCGAAGCUGAUCCUGAAAGUCUCCUUCCAGCGGUGUGGCUGGCCACCAAUUCCAUCUCGCCGCCGUACGUCUCGCUCGAACUGGGGCUAGGGGGCUCGGCGAUCUCCAAGGCGCUGAAGCAGGUCUGUGGGUUAGAUAGCCGCUCGAUGAAAUCGUUGUUUGACAAAUAUGGCGAUGCCGGAGAUGUCGCAUUUGAGGCGAAGAAGAAGCAGAGCUUCACUCUGCGGAAACCGAAGCCUCUGACCAUCAAAGGCGUAUACCAGGCGCUGGUGAAGAUUGCGAACAGUCAGGGCCAGGGCAGUGCGGAAACCAAGCAGCGACUCGUGGAUCGGUUGUUGCAGGAUGCGCGGGGUGGCGAGGAGAGCAGGUUUGUGGUGCGGACAUUGUGCCAGCACCUGAGGAUAGGGGCGGUCAAGACGACGAUGCUGAUUGCGCUGUCAAGGGCUUUCCUUUUGUCGCGGCCAAGUGGCGCGGAUUUCCCGCUCCGGUCUACGAAGGAGCUGGCAGCGCUCAAGAAAGAAGAGCUCGCAGAGGUCUGGAGCAAAGCCGCCGAGAUUGUGAAAGCCUGUUUCGCAAGACGACCCAACUAUGAUGACCUGAUCCCGGUUAUGCUCGAAAUUGGCGUCUGCGAGGAAAUGCUGAUAAGGUGCGGACUAACACUGCAUAUCCCUCUCAGACCAAUGUUGGGUAGUAUUACCAGGGAUCUCUCAGAGAUGCUCACGAAGCUCCAGGGUCGAGACUUUGCUUGUGAGUUCAAGUACGAUGGCCAACGAGCACAGGUGCAUUGCGACGAGGCGGGCAAGGUAUCUAUAUUUUCGCGGCACCUAGAAGUCAUGACAGACAAAUACCCAGACUUAGUGGAUCUUGUGCCGAAGAUCCGCAGCGAAGGCGUCAGCAGUUUCAUCAUGGAAGGCGAAGUAGUAGCCGUGGACCGGCAAACCGGAGACCUGAAGAACUUCCAGACUCUAACCAACCGAGCGCGAAAAGAUGUGGCCAUCGGAAGCAUCACUGUCGACGUGUGUCUGUUCGCGUUCGACCUGAUGUACCUGAACGGGCAACCGUUGCUCAACAGGUCGUUUCGUGAGCGCCGGGAUAUGCUCAAGUCCCUGUUCACAGAAAUCCCGCACCACUUCACCUGGGUCAAGUGUCUAGAUGCCACGUCACAGGACUCGGAAGCGGUUCUCGACUUCUUCAAGCAGGCAACGGAUACCAAGUGCGAGGGGAUCAUGGUCAAGAUCCUGGAUAACCUCCUGGACCUACCUGCCCCGGAGAUAGACCCGCCCCCGGACAUGCCCAAGAGCGAGCCCUCGACCCCGUCGAAAUCCAAGACCCGGUCCAAGUCGGCGGGCAAUACGACGACGGAAAAGAAGACGCGCCGCAAGCCCCUACUCGCCACCUACGAGCCGGACAAGCGGCUCGACUCCUGGCUCAAGGUCAAGAAGGACUACUCGUCAUCCUUUGACACCAUAGACCUUGUCCCCGUCGCGGCAUGGCACGGACAAGGCCGCAAGGCCAAGUGGUGGUCGCCCAUCCUGCUCGCGUGUCGCAACGAGGAGACGGGCCAAUUGGAAGCUGUCUGUAAGUGCAUGAGCGGGUUUACCGACGCGUUCUACAAAGCGAACCGGGCGAAAUACAACGAUGGAUCCGGCGAGGGAAAUGGCGAGGCAGACGACGGCCAAGAGGAGGAGGGGGACGGGGAAGAUGCGCUGGAUGACGGGGAUGCUGAAGACGCGGAGCGGAAGCACAGGAAUAUCCGCAGGACGAAACCGAGUUUCGUCGAAUACAGCGGACAUCCGGAUGUUUGGUUCGAGCCUCAGGAGGUCUGGGAGAUGGCGUUUGCCGACAUCACACUCUCGCCUACCUACACGGCGGCCAUCGGAUUGGUCAACCAGGACAGAGGCUUGAGUCUCCGGUUCCCGCGUUUUCUGAAGAAGCGGGAAGACAAAAGCAUUGAGGAGGCUAGCACGAACGAAUUUCUUGCCGGGCUGUUCCGGAAGCAGGAGGCAAAAGCGCCGGCACCGCCUUUGAAAGAGGAGGGCGACGAAGACGAAGAAGUGUAG